CUGGGAACGAGCGAGACACGCCGGCUCGCUCUCUGUCCUCGCUCCUUUAAAAUGAUCGAUUGAUCGUUGGAGGAAUGUUCAACCCCUCCGAAGCAUGAAACAUAAAGAAUAAACAAACCACUAAACCCCGCUGAUCAGCUGAUCCACAUUUAUAGCUCAUUAGGAACUGAUCCUGGAUCAUCAACACAUCACAGGGCCCUGCCAACCGUGCCGGUCUCUGAUUGGACAGUCAGUGAACCCAUGUGACUGACAGGCCGGGACCGGAAGCGGUGUGCUUCCUGUUGUUGAACUUGACCCCCCCCCCCCACCAGUCUCAGUCUCUGUGUGAGGGUGUGUGGAGGACCGGACCAGCGGGGAACGGAGCCGCUGCUCGCCGACAGACAGCCGCAGAGAGCCGGGGAGGUCCGGAGCAGAGAGCCGGGGCAGAGCUGGAGCUGCUGGAGAGUCACACCGGAGUCACACCGGAGUCACACCGGAGUCACCGCCGGACUUGAACUGAUCGUUGUUUCGUGUUUAUAAACUUGUGGGAUUAAACGCAGAACAAGACGAGAGAGCUCCGGGACCGGGUCUGGGUCCGGGUCUGGAUUUAGGCUAUCUUCAUGGUCUGCACACACACAGGAGGUCCGCUGUGAUCCGGGUCCGCCGUGCUGUCCUCUCUCUGAUAGUUGUUCUAGUGCCGGACCAUGGUGGGGGAGAUGGAGGGGAAGGAGAAGCCGAGACCCAGUCCGGAUUAUCUGAUGCAGCUCAUGAACGACAAGAAGCUGAUGAGCAGUCUCCCGAACUUCUGCGGGAUCUUCCAGCACCUGGAGAGACUGCUGGACGAGGAGAUCAGCCGUGUGAGGAAGGACAUGUACAUCGACACUCUGAACGGCUCAGAGAGGAUCAGCGAGCUGCCGGACGCCGUCGGUCCAAACGUCCAGCUGCAGGAGAAACUCUACGUCCCCACCAAGGAGCAUCCUGAUUUUAACUUUGUGGGGAGGAUUCUGGGGCCUCGAGGUCUGACCGCGAAGCAGCUGGAGGCGGAGACAGGAUGUAAGAUCAUGGUGAGAGGGAGGGGCUCCAUGAGAGACAGGAAAAAGACAUAUGUUAUACUGGAUGAAAGAGGAUUCUGGAAUUGUGCUGGAAGAUUUAGAGAUGACAGAGAAUCCCCAUCCCAUCUUGCACCUGCGGAGGAGCAGAACCGAGGGAAGCCUAACUGGGAGCACCUGAACGAGGACCUUCACGUCCUCAUCACGGUGGAAGAAGCUCAGAAUCGAGCCGAGAUCAAACUCAAACGAGCGGUGGAGGAAGUCACCAAGCUGUUGGUGCCCGCAGCGGAGGGGGAGGACAGUCUGAAAAAGAUGCAGCUGAUGGAAUUAGCCAUCCUGAACGGGACCUACAGAGACGCUAAUGUCAAACCCUCCGCCGUCUCCUUCUCUCUUGCAGCCUCCUGUCAGACUCCUCGUUUCCUCUCUGGCCCUGCCCCCGUGUUGGCUCCACCCACCACCCUGCGUACACCUGCCCCCACUGGCCCCACUCUCAUGCCUCUGAUUCGUCAGAUCCAGACGGUGCUGCCCAAUGGGACGCCUCACCCAACAGCUCUGAUGCCUGGGGCGGGGCCCGAGUCCGGUCUGAUUUACGCGUCGCCGUACGACUACCCCUACGCUCUGGCGGCGCCGGCUUCCAUCUUGGAGUACCCUCUGGACUCUGGUGGGGUGUUAGGUAAGCCUGCCCCCCCCUGCUCCUGCGACUGCUCCCCCGCGCCUCAUCACCACCCCCACGGCCAGUGGAGCCCCGCCCCCACACUGCUCCUCAGACACACCUCCUAAAAGAUGGAAUAGAAGUGCCCCUCCACGCCACACACCUCGUUCACAGCUGAAACCUGCAGCAUGGCCCCCUGCUGGACGGAGUCAGAAACUGUGAACUCUGAUUGGAGGAAAGGGAUGAGUUCAUUCACAUCAGCUGAACAUGUUCCAACAUUAAAGACAGCGGAGAGUUUAUUAUUUCUGUAGGAAGGCGGUGGCUUCUGCUGUCCUUCCUGUCAGUAAACCAUCAGAACAUAAAAUCCAGUAUGAAGUUUCUGCUGUAAAACAUGUUAGGGGAUAAAAGCAAAUUCAUCUUCAGUCCACAGGGGGGCAUAACUGCUCCAACACAAUGUUUUAACUUCUGCAGUCAGGUGAUGUGUCUGCUGUGAACAAGGCGUUCAGGUACAACUGUGUUCACUCUGCCUUUACUGUCGUCUGAUUGGCUGAAUAUGUUUGUACUACUGUUUUACACACAGAGUUUUAUUUAACAAGAUCAAAGUGACGUUAGAAUCCAUGUUCAUCACUUUCAACCUGAAGUCAUGUGACCGCAGCUUACUGCACUGAAGCACGUACCACCUGGAAAUCUUUGACAGUGAAACCAACACACCUCCAACACGCCUCCAACACACUACCAACACACCUCCAGCACGCCACCAACAUACCUCCAACAUACCACCAACACGCCUCCAAUACACCACCAACAUACCUCCAACAUACCACCAACACUUCUCCAACACACUACAAACACAUCUCCAACACGCCUCCAAUACACCUCCAAUACACCUCCAACACGCCACCAACAUACCUCCAACAUACCACCAACACGCCUCCAAUACACCUCCAAUACACCUCCAACACGCCUCCAAUACACCUCCAACACGCCACCAACAUACCUCCAACAUACCACCAACACACCUCCAAUACACCACCAACAUACCUCCAACAUACCACCAACACGCCUCCAAUACACCUCCAACACGCCACCAACAUACCUCCAACAUACCACCAACACACCUCCAAUACACCACCAACAUACCUCCAACAUACCACCAACACGCCUCCAACACACUACAAACUCACCUCCAACACGCCUCCAAUACACCUCCAAUACACCUCCAAUACACCUCCAACACGCCACCAACAUACCUCCAACAUACCACCAACACGCCUCCAAUACACCACCAACAUACCUCCAACAUUCCACCAACACGCCUCCAACACACUACAAACACACCUCCAACACACCUCCAAUACACCUCCAAUACACCUCCAACACGCCACCAACAUACCUCCAACAUACCACCGACACGCCUCCAACAUACCUCCAACAUGCCUCCAACAUGCCGCCAAUAUGCCACCAACACGCCUCUAACACACCUCCAAUACCCCUCCAACACCACCAACAUGCCUCCAACACAGAUCUGUGUUCUGAUACUAAAUGACAUUUUGGGAUUGAUGCUAACUGCUAACUGUACUAAACUGUGUUGUCAGCGGCAGAAUCACACUGUAAAGCUCCAAACAACUUGACUUUUUUAAAGAUGUAUUAAGACCUGAGAUGAAUUAUAAAUAAGGAAAAAAACAGGGAAAUGCCAAAAAUCCUCAGUUAAACAUGUCUAAACAGGAGACAAAGGGCUGUAAAACAGGAUUUAGGGCAUAAAGUAAAACACUGGUUUAGAUUCAGAACCACUGAAGUCCUUUAAAGCACAGAACAGACUGUUGUUUUCUCAAUAUUAUGACUUUAUUCUUUAAAUUUGUUCUUGUUUUCCAAGCUGUGGAAAAGGCUCUGAUAGCCAAUAAGAGAUCGAGCUGAAGGGGGCGUGGUCCUAAUUAUGACAUCACAGAAAGACUUGUUUGUUGUUUAAACCUGAAAGCCUCAUCUCAUCUCAUCUGUAACCACAAUCUUUGACUUUUGUGACUUAACCUGCAUUUCUAAUGAUGUUCUCUGUGUAGCUGUGAUGAUGUGUUGACACACCUGUACCCGAACGUACCUGUACUAGAGCGUACCUGUACAGGAGCGUACCUGUAUCCGAUUGUACCUGUACAGGAGGGUACCUGUACCCGAGCGUACCUGUACAGGAGCGUACCUGUAUCCGAGCGUACCUGUACAGGAGCGUACCUGUACCCGAGCGUACCUGUAUCCAAUUGUACCUGUACAGGAGGGUACCUGUACCCGAACGUACCUGUACUAGAGCGUACCUGUACAGGAGAGUACCUGUAUCCGAUUGUACCUGUACAGGAGGGUACCUGUACCCGAGCGUACCUGUAUCCGAGCGUACCUGUACAGGAGCGUACCUGUAUCCGAGCGUACCUGUAUCCAAUUGUACCUGUACAGGAGGGUACCUGUACCCGAUUGUACCUGUACAGGAGGGUACUUGUACCCGAACGUACCUGUAUCCGAUUGUACCUGUACAGGAGGGUACCUGUACCCGAGCGUACCUGUACUCGAGCGUACCUGUACCCGAGCGUACCUGUACAGGAGCGUACCUGUACCCGAUUGUACCUGUACAGGAGCGUACCUGUACCCGAUUGUACCUGUGCAGGAGCGUACCUGUACCUGUGCAGGAGCGUACCUGUACCCGAGCGUACCUGUACAGGAGGGUAACUGUACCUGGACUUACCUGUACCUGUAUGAACUGCUGUGUGACACUGCGAACAGCUGACUUCAUGACGGUUUGGGUGAUUGUGGUCUGGUGCAGGUGCGGUGGCCGCUAAAGUUUGGAGACAAGAGCUGUGAGUCCAUCCUUACCGAAGGAUGGUGACUGUAGACCAUAGGUUAGUUCGCUCAGACCCGCCCCCUAUUCCUAUACCACUUUUCCCAUAAUCCACUUCUUUACCUCAGCUGACAUCUGUUCAGGGCAUUUUCACACCAACAACCAGCUGAGUUCACCAGAGUGAACCCCGAGUGAUCAGGCGACAGAAAGUCUCCGGUCCUUUAACGUCUGACACACCGUAUCAGAGUACCUCCAGGUGUGAAAACGGCCUACAGGUAACAGGAGAGGUGGUUUCUGGGAAAUGCAGUAGGGAUGUGCAAUGGUGAAGCCCCCCUGUCAGCCCACCAGGAUGUGAUCCAACAGAAGCUAAAUGUCGCAGCACAGGGAUGAUAUUUGUUAGUUCAGAAAUGUUUAAAUGACUUCCUGCUCCAUCAUUUUGAGGACUUUACGGACCCGCCGUGAUGUUGAUGAAAAAUAAUGGACCAGACACUUUUAACUGGAAGAAGAGGGACAAACUGUAUUUAAUCCAAGUCUUAAAAAGAUGUUUUAAUAAUAUUACUUUCAUCUCUGUAGGUCCAAAGAGAGGGCCAGGAAUGGUUAGCCUAGCUGAGCACAAACUAGUUGCUAACUCCUGCUAAGACCACAUGAUUCUCCACUCAAACAUGUUAGAAGGUGGUUGUUCUCUACAGAUGGAGCUAUGCUAGCAGUUUCCCCUUGCGCCCCAACUUUGUGCUAAGCUAGGCUAAGUUAGAACCAAACACUGGAAGAGACGGAGAACAAGAGUUUGGAAAAAGUUCUCAGCGGUUAAUGUGACGUUAGCUAAUGUUAGUGUUUGUCUGCGCUCAGAUCAAGUCUGUUUGACUUUUUGCCACAAAUGAAUUUAGUUUUUCAACUGUCAGACCGGUCAGGUCCCUCAGAGCCAGAGUGGUGAUUGGACUGGAGACCUUAAGGUUUCUCUGAACCGACAGACCCGUAAAACUCCUUUAUCCAACCUUAGUCCGAGACAGUGACGCGCCCUGAAAAACCGGACCAUGAACCUCUGGAUGAAGAUCCUGAUGUUCCUGCUGAUGAACGAAUGUUUGUUUAUCUCCAGUAUUCAGGACAGAGAAUCCAGUCCUGAUCCAGAGGCGGAAAGGCUGUGGCUGCCAUGAUGUCACAGCAUAUAGCUUUAGACCAAUCAGAUUGUUUAACAUCCAGGAGAGUUCCAGAGUUACUGUGAGGUCACGGUCAUCAGCAGGAAUGAUUUCCUCUCUCACUCUGAAGGGUCCAGAACUGGUCCAGAAGCAGAAUCCUAUCCUAUAGUAUUUUUGUGAGGAGUUGUUACUAAACCGAUCAAACGGUAAUCUUAUUGAUCACAAAACAAAGUAACCGAUGGUAACACUGACAGAAUUAAUGAAGAACUGUGAUGCAGCAGAGUCCUGGUCCUGGGAUCCUGCCUGAGACCUCCAUCACAGUAUCCAAUUCAUUCGUCUAAACUCAACACACAUCUCGUAUAACAGCCAUGUGGCCCAGACAGGAUUUAUUCACGUCUCCAUGGUGACGGCGUCAGGCUGGAUGCUGUCACGCUGCAGCGGGUUGCGUUCAGGGGCGACCAGUAAACCUGUGUGUUUGCUGCUGCCUGUGAUGGCGGCAGACAGGUGGACGACAUGUGUCUUCAGUAGCUCGGUGUGAUGUCAGUGCAGAAAAACAAGUUCACAAUUUAGUGUUUUUACAACAACUCGGUGAAACCUGGGCCAGGAGCUCCAGGUUCAGGAUGUCAGCAGGGAAACAGAGCUGGGAGGUCUGAGGACUCCCUGGUUCCUCUGUUCUCUCUCUCUCUCAGCGGUUUCUUUAAACAUUACAAACAUCUGUGGCUUCUUCAGAAACACAUUUAAUAAUCUGACUUUGCACUGAGCUCUGAAAGAACUACUUUUGUCCUCCUUCUCCUCCUCCUCCUGCCGCCAGCACGGCAGACAUUUUUAAACUCAAACCUCAAAGACAAUGAUUUAAAGGGAAUAAAUGUUUUGCCCUGAGCAGCUUCAGGUCACUUUGAGAAGAUGAAGAGUAUGAUGUAUCUACAGAAAUUAUUCCACUUGAGACUUUGUUUUCUGUUUUAUUAUUUCUGUCAUUUUUUGUUGUUGCAAAGAAAGUAGUAUUUACUCGUGGCUUGUUGAGAUAUAUAAAUCUAUGUAAAUUAUGUGAAAGCAAGUAUAAAGCAGGAAUGUAAAUGCGAGAUCUGACCAGUAGAGGGCAGUCUGUAGGAAAAGAUUUUAAGUGCCACUUUAGAAAUAUCCUCUAUUUUUGAAUUUGUCGUUCUUUGUCCAGAUGACAUCCCUGUUUCUAUGAAUAAUAGUGUCUUUACACUGAGGGCUGUUAGCACCAAACCUUCUGUUUAGGAAAAGACAACUUGUAGUGUUGCUUUCUGUCAUCACAGCAAAGAUUUCAUGUUUGUUGUAAAGAGAAAAUAUUCGUUUUUGAAAUUCAAUAAAAGCUAUUAUUGAGUAAAAA